GCCGCCUCUCUCCUCACUAAUCAGGUGACUUCCAGCCAGUGUUGAUUACCCGUGUCUCGCUCCAGUGUCCUCACCGCAUUCCAGUGUACUUUGCUCUCCACCAACAGCUACAAAGUGCAGAGCGUGUGCCACCAGCCGCCCUGGCCGCUGUGAUCACUCGAACCCUUUGGAACAAGGGCCACCAGCGGCACCUCAGAGCCUGCUGCAGCGGCACCCCAGGUGCGGCUGGCCUCAGGUCCGCACACCUGGCUUGUAAUCACUCCAGCUGGUGCUGUGGGCGCUCCCAAGCUCCUCCAAGAUGAAGGUCUCCGUCCGUGUACGUGGGGAGUGGCUUCAGGUUCCAUGCAAGACAGGUCAGGAGAGCGUGUCGUGGCUGGGCGAGGAGUCGUUGAAGCGCUUCAUGAACCUCAAGCCGGCCACUCACGUCCCCAACAAGGUGGAGACUGUGGCCAGGGUGAGGAAGACUCUAGGUGGCGCCAUACUGGACCCUUCUGACCUGAUCAGCGACGUCCUCGAUGAUAAUGACUUUGUGUCUGUGGUUCUGGACAGCGACCGGCCGAACCCAGUAACCGAACAGGCUGAGAUGAAAUACAUCACUGAACAAGUUCCAGGACGGUACCAGCCCCCAGACGAGUACCUGACGCUGGACGGCGCCACCCUCACCCCCGAGGACCUCACCGCCCUGGGCAAGGGCGCCUACAAGAUCAGGCUGAGCCAGGAGGCGGAGGAGGCUGUGAAGGCGGCGAGGGAGCUGGUGGAACGCAUCAUCAAGGAGAAAAAAGUGGUCUACGGCAUCACGACAGGGUUCGGCAAGUUCGCUCGGACCAUCAUCCCAGAGGACAAGCUGGAGGAGCUGCAGCUGAACGUGAUCAGGUCCCACGCGGCGGGGGUCGGCGCCCCGCUGACGGCGGAGAAGACGAGGAUGCUCCUGGCUCUGAGGAUCAACGUGCUGGCCAAGGGUUACUCGGGCAUCAGCCUCCAGGUCCUCUCUCAGUACAUCGAGGCCUUCAAUGCGUCGUGCUUGCCGUGGGUGCCUGAGAAGGGCACCGUGGGUGCCUCGGGCGACCUGGCCCCCUUGGCCCACCUGGCCCUCGGCCUGAUGGGUGAGGGCAAGAUGUGGAGCCCCAAGACUGGCUGGGGCAACGCUAGUUACGUGCUGGAGGCGCACAACCUGAGGCCUGUGGUGCUGGCUGCCAAGGAAGGCAUCGCGCUCAUCAACGGGACGCAGCUCAUCACCUCCAUCGGCGCCGAGGCGCUGGAGCGCGCGGAGACGGUGGCGCGCCAGGCGGACGUGGUGGCCGCCCUCACCCUCGAGGUCCUCAAAGGUACCUCCAGGGCCUUCGACAGUGACGUGCACAAGCUGAGGCACCACAAGGGCCAGAUCGAGGUAGCCAGGAGGAUCAGAGCCUUACUGCACAGUGACACCUUCACCUCCGAGAUUGCAGAGUCUCACCGGUUCUGCGACCGCGUGCAGGACGCCUACACGCUGCGCUGUACCCCGCAGGUCCACGGCGUCGUCCACGACACCAUCAAGUUCGUCCGAGGCAUCAUCACUGACGAGAUGAACUCCGCCACCGACAACCCGCUGGUGUUCUCGGAGAGGAAGGAGAUUGUGAGCGCGGGCAACUUCCACGGGGAGUACCCGGCCAAGGCCGCUGACUACCUGGCCAUCGGCAUCCACGAGAUCGCCAGCAUGUCGGAGAGGAGGAUCGAACGCCUCGUAAAUCCAGCACUGAGCGAGCUGCCAGCCUUCUUGGUCAAGGAUGGAGGCCUCAACUCUGGCUUCAUGAUGGCUCAUUGUACCGCAGCCGCCCUGGUGUCGGAGAACAAGGUCCUGUGUCACCCCGCCAGUGUCGACUCCCUCACCACCUCGGCUGGGACGGAGGACCAUGUCUCCAUGGGAGGCUUCGCCGCCCGCAAGGCUCUCACUGUGGUAGAGAACGUGGAGCGAGUGAUAGCCAUUGAGCUGAUGGCGGCGUGUCAAGCCAUAGAGUUCCUGCGGCCACUCAAGACCACCACGCCCCUAGAGGAGGUCAUCAGGGUCGUCCGCUCCGUAGUGAGACCGUAUGACAAGGACCGCUUCCUCGCCCCUGAUAUUGACGCCAUCACCGAGCUCAUCAAGGACAACAAGAUAUGGACCGCUGUCAGGCACCACAUCGAACAUUACCAUCAUGUUCAGCACGUGGAGACCCGGGUCUUCUCCCCCAGCAUGAGCUUCAUAGGCAGUGGGCCGCCUCGCGCCGUCAAGCGGGUCCUCAACAAUGGUGGCUCGCCCCGCUCUCCGAGCACCAAGAGGUCGAGGACCUCCAGCAGGAACAACUAACACGGCGACGUCACUGUAUAUACAAGGACACGGCGACGUCACUGUAUAAUCAAGGACAUGGCGACGUCACUGUAUAAUCAAGGACAUGGCAACGUCACUGUAUAACCAAGGCCAUGGCGACGUCACUGUAUAGACAAGUACACCCUGCUUUACCGCCAGAUUUACCACUAUAGAAAACGACGAUAAUUGGGGGACUAUAAGAGACCAAUUGCCUGCUGGAUGUGGUCCCAAGAUGCUAUUGCUUGAAUUAUGGCGGUUACAACAUCCACCAUAUAUAGUGUGACGUGUUUAACCAAUCUGUGAUUAUUGUGCCAUUAACUAUAAUAUUCACAAAUUCAACGGAGAAUUUGCAAAAGGCAGACCUGAUCUGUUGUAACUAAUCCUGAAAUUCUAACUCAGACAUUAACAACUUUCAGAACAUGUUAGCCAAACACAUCAGUGCAACUUUUUUAUAUAUAAUUAGUCAACUUUUAUAUAUAUAAUUUGUCAUUAUUGAUUAUAUAUAUAUAUAUAUAUAU